AUGACUAGCGGUGACACGGACGCAUCCAACCGACCUUUCCAAAAUUAUCACGUCAUAUACAAGGACGAAACGGUGGCCUUCUUGCUAAAGCCUAGCUUGAGUCCUUCGGCAUACUACGGCAGGCGGCCACUGUCCAAGAUUAUGAAAGGUAUUACGAUUGGAAUACCCGUAGUGAGAGGCUUCGACCGGCCGAAGUGGGAGCGCAAACAUGAGAAGAAACCAACGCAACGGGGAUCGGAAGCUUCACCCCCACACGCGUUGCGUGGUGAGCAAGGCGAACUCGUCUGCCCAGGCUGCGAAGCAGAAAAGAACCAGGGUCAGGUCACCGACCUCGUUCUGGUUGCCCACGGCAUUGGGCAAAAGUUUGCUGAGAGGGUCGAGAGCUUCCACUUCACACACGCAAUCAACGGGUUUCGCCGAGCGGUCAACAUUGAACUGGGAACACCACUCGUCCAAGGAAUACUUCGAGAGAGCCAGAAUGGGAUGAUGAUCCUACCCCUCAACUGGAGAUUGGGGCUAUCUUUCGAAGAAGGCGGUCCGAUGCCUGAGGAGGACAAGGUCCAUCAGGCGACAGACGGUUUCGGCCUGAAAGACAUUGAGCCGACCACGAUCCCGGCAGUCCGCAGCAUGAUCUCAGAUGUUAUGUUUGACAUACCGUUCUACAUGUCACACCACAAGAGCAAAAUGAUCAAAGCCUUGGUGACCGAGGCCAAUAGAGUGUAUCGACUAUGGUGUAGGAACAACCCUGGGUUUGCAGAGCAUGGCCGCGUGCAUUUGAUCGGCCAUUCGUUGGGCAGCGCGAUGGCCUUGGAAGUUCUUUCGAGGCAGCCAACGAGCGUCCCGCAUUUAAACCUGUCACAGCCCGAGCCCGAGACCUCGUUCUUCGAGUUUGACACCAAGAAUCUCUUCCUCGUCGGCAGUCCUGCAGGAUUCUUCUUGCUUCUCGAGAGGGGCAGCCUGAUGCCGCGUCAUGGCAGAAGAAAGCCUGGGGCGGAGUCCGCAGAUACCACGGCGGGUGGCGUUGUUGGCGAGGCUGGCACUUUCGGUUGCCUAGCAGUGGACAAUAUAUACAACAUCCUCGCCAAGGAAGAUCCAAUUGCCUAUCUGCUGAACGGGGCCGUGGAUCCUACAUACGCGGCCAGUCUCAAGGUUGCCCAUGUCCCUAGCACGGCCUCAUCGUUCUUCAAAGCGUUUGGGGAUGCGUUUCGCUACGUUAUACCUGGGAUGCAACCAGCGCAAAGAACCUUUGCUCCCGAACCCGCACGACCCCCAGCGUUCAGGCUCCCGUCCCAGCUCGAGCUCGAAGUACACGAUUUCACUCGCGAGGAAAUCGCAGAGAAGAAGAUCUUUUUGCUCAACGACAAUGGUCAAAUUGACUACUAUCUACGAUCUGGAGGUGGACCUCUCGAGAUCCAGUACCUAAACAUGUUAAGUGCGCAUACCAGCUAUUGGACCAAUCUCGAUUUCAUUCGCAUGCUAUGUAUCGAGAUAGGCAGAGAGCCUGGACGAGGCAACACCCUUCCUGCGAUGAGAGCCGUGAAGGCCACAAAGCGCAUGAUUCCGUGA